UAUAAUAGCAUUUUUGGUGACAUUCCCUUUUAGAAUUUUUAGUUUAAUGUGUUUACAAAUAUAAAUAGUAGAGUAUAUCAAAAUAUUUAUGAAUAAUGAUAAAUUCAACUCAAUUGCCAUUCAUCGUUGGCAUAUCAGUACUGACCACCACUUCAUUACUAUAUUAUUUGUAUAGAAAGACUCGGAAUAAUUAUGUGAAAGUAUGUAACGUUAAGAAACUAUUCAUAUAUCCUAUUAAAGCGGUUAAAGGAGUGCAAGUGAAUCAGCUCGAGAUUACUAAAUAUGGUGUCAAAUACGGGCCAUUUACGGACAGAUCAUGGAUUUUAUUAGACAAUGCAAACAAUGUCAUUGGUAUGAAAUCUUUUCCUAAACUAGUGUUGACUCGAACCAGAAUUUUGGGUCAAGAAGUAUGGGUUGACGGACCAGAUAUGCCAACACUUAAACUCAGAUACAUUGAUGAAAUAAAUGACAGCCACAACAUCAUUUCAAUUAAUUUGUACGGACAGAGGAUCAAAGGAAUAGAUUGCGGUCCAGAAGUAAACCAAUGGUUUGAGACAUUCUUAAGCAGACCUGGAGUACGACUACUACAACAUCACCACAGCUUUGACUUCAGAGACUCGGAUACAUACAAACGUCGCAAAGAUGACAAAGACUAUCCAAUUAUAUACCAAAAUAAAUCGGGUUUACAUCUGAUUAACGAGAGCUCAAUUAGUGAUUUGAAUUCCCGUUUCCCUGAGGGCGAGGAUCAUGCCAUCGAUGAAAACUUCAGACCUAAUCUUGUGGUCGAAUACCGCGAGCCGUGGGCUGAGGACAAGUGGAAAUGGAUGCGAAUCAAUGGCGUGACUUUCAUAAGGCUUAUAGCCUGUGACCGGUUGCGAAUUAUGGGCAAACAAUUAUGGGUUGACGGACCAGAUAUGCCAACACUUAAACUCACAUACAUUGAACAACUCAAUGACAAUCACAAAAUCAUUUCAUUCAAUUUGGACGGACAGAUAAUCAAAGGAAUAGAUUGCGGUCCGGAAGCAAACCAAUGGUUUGAGACAUUUAUAGGUAGACCUGGAGUACGACUACUACAACAUCACCAGAGCUUUGACUUCAGAGACUCAGAAUCAGGCAAACGUCGCAACGAUGACAAAGACUUUCCAAUUAUAUAUCAAAACAGAUCCGGUUUACAUUUGGUUAACGAGAGCUCAGUCAGUGAUUUGAAUUCCCAAUUCCCAGAGGGCGAGGAUCAGGUCUUGAACGACAAUUUCAGACCAACUGUUUUGGUCGAAUAUCCCGAGCCGUGGGCUGAAGACAAUUGGAAAUGGAUGCGAAUCAAUGGCGUCAACUUCUUAAUGCUCAUAUCCUGUGACCGCUGUCCCACUACAUGUGUUGAUCCAGAAACUGGGGUAGGGCUCACGGAAUAUUUUCUUUGUAACUUCAUUGAGGGCUUGGAUUUGUUGGAUAUCUGUGACAAAUAUUCCCAGUUUUACGAUAUCAUGAGCCGUUCCACCGGCGGCUUCGGUCACGGCUAUUUCGGGAGAACAUUUAAGAAACUAUUCAUAUAUCCGAUCAAAGGUCUUAAAGGAGUGGAAGUGAAUCAGCUCGAGAUUACUAAAUAUGGUGUCAAAUACGGAAUAUUUAAGGACAGGUUGCGAAUUAUGGGCAAACAAUUAUGGGUUGACGGACCAGAUAUGCCAACACUUAAACUCACAUACAUUGAACAACUCAAUGACAAUCACGAAAUCAUUUCAUUCAAGAUGUAUACUCCAAAUUCAUCAGAACAAAUGGACGGACAGGUGAUCAAAGGAAUAGAUUGCGGUCCGGAAGCAAACCAAUGGUUUGAGACAUUUAUAGGUAGACCUGGCGUACGAUUACUACAACAUCACCACAGCUUUGACUUCAGAGACUCAGAUUCAAGCAAACGUCGCAAAGAUGACAAAGACUUUCCAAUUAUAUAUCAAAACAGAUCCGGUUUACAUUUGGUUAACGAGAGUUCAGUCAAUGAUUUGAAUUCCCAAUUCCCAGAGGGCGAGGAUCAGGUCUCGUACGACAAUUUCAGACCAGCUGUUUUGGUCGAAUAUCCCGAGCCGUGGGCUGAAGACAAUUGGAAAUGGAUGCGAAUCAAUGGCGUCAACUUCUUAAUGCUCAUAUCCUGUGACCGCUGCCCCACUAUAUGUGUUGAUCCAGAAACUGGUGCUAAAGUGGAUACUUUUAAAACUUUAAAAAAGUGA